CCAACCAAAAGGAGAAAAUACAAAAAAGCUCGAGCUUCACGCUAUUGUCGAUGUAUUCAAACAGUACUUCGAGGAAGCAGUAUUGGGUAUUUCUGGACCAUUUCAAGGAAGCAGUAGUGGGUAUUUCUGGACCAUUUCAACUCUGCUUAUGAGGGUCUUCCCUCAUCUGUGAAAAUCUGAAAGUAUUGCAGGACACAGCAUUGCUUGUAUAUGGAAUAAGCACAAGUCACAGAUCAAUCUGCUCACAGCGUCAAAUGCAAUUCUUUAACUCUCAAGAUUUAAUGGAGCAUGAAACAGAUGGAGACGUUUCAAGUGCACCUUCUGGUGAGCAUGAACCAGAAUUGCUUAAUGCACGCGAAGACUUGUAUGAUGGUAUGAUUGUUGAGCUUGACAAUUCACCUUCAGAUGUGGCUCGGUUUGUUUCUUCACUUAAGGCAUCAUUAGUUGAAUGGGAAAAAAAGGGAAAGAAAGGAGUGUGGAUAAAAGUGCCAAUAGCAAAAACAAACCUCGUUCCUGCAUUAAUUGAGGAGGAGUUUUGGUAUCAUCAUGCAGAACGCACAUACGUAAUGCUGGUGUACUGGAUCCCUAAAAGUCCUUGCACACUUCCUGCUAAUGCUUCACAUCAAGUAGGAGUUUGUGCUUUUGUCAUGAAUGAUAACGGAGAGGUGCUUGUAGUACAGGAGAAAAAUGGCGCAUAUAGAGGCUCAGGGAUAUGGAAGAUGCCAACAGGAUUGCUUGUCCAGGGGGAAGAUAUCUUCAACGGAGUCGUGAGAGAAGUUAAGGAAGAGACAGGGAUUGAUGCUAAAUUUUUGGAAGUUGCAGUACUCAGGCAUUUCCACAAUGCACCAUUUAAUAAGUCUGACUUAAAUCUUAUAUGCAUUUUGCAACCACUUUCUUUUGUCAUAAAGAUACAAGAAACAGAAAUUGAAGCAGCGAAGUGGAUGCCAUUCAAGGAAUUUGCAGCUCAACCAAAGUAUCGGGAAAGUGAACUGUACAAAAAGAUUUUUGAUGUGUGCAUCGCAAGCUUCGAGAAACGGUACAAGGGAUUUUCUGAAAUUCAAAUAGCAUCUGCUUCCAGUGGGCCUCAAACUGUACUUUAUUAUAAUGUUCAAGAUAUGAAUGACUUCAAUCAAUCAAAUGGUGUAAAUAUCUGAAAUCAAAGCAAACGAAUAGAAAGAGCAAUGAUAAUGAUGCUGUAUCUGCUAUGGUCAAUUUGCACUUGCAACAAUGGUGCUGUCUCUGAAUAAUGCCUUCAAACUAUGCAACUGAAAUAUGCCAAGAGCUUGAUGCUCUACGAGCAGAUCCAAUAAAAGAUACACAGAAAUAAAGGUUUCCAAAUUGAUGAUUGAUAGAAUGGAUUGGAUAUCCAUUAUAUAUCUUGUAAACUUGGAUGUAACAUCCUUUGGUGGUGAAGAGACAUAUCCCCUUAAUCGCCUCUUGUCAUAAAUAAUGAUUAAUGCUUCUAAAUCUCACCGGUUAAGUGUUCUAAUUGUUAUUAUUGUUUGUAAUUACUUCCUUAAUCGUUUCACUCAAAGAAUUAUACAGAUUAGUCUAUUAUGCAAAUCGCACCCCUUUAUAGGAAAUCAAGUUGUUAAUCGAUGGUGGCUUGUUAAGGUUUUUAAUCAAACUGUUGAUUAUUUAUUUUCAAACCUUAAUCGGAUCUUUAACCCUGGACCAGCAAUGGUGGUAGUGAGAAAAUCGUAUAUCUUUUUAUGUCUUAUUCCUGAAAGUACUUUGUCUGAAACCGUAUGACAGCGAUGGCAAGGAAUGGAUAUAUGUAUGGUCGAUGAGGCAUUGAUAUAGGCAUUGAUAUGUGCUGCCUUCAUUAUAAAGAGGGAUUUAUAUAGGAGAUCUUCAUCACUACUUGUGUAUCCUUAGUAUUCUGAGUACUGCUUCAGUAUGGAUCUUAUUUGACAUCAUGUACUUGGUGUGUUGCAUGCUCAUGAAGCCUUUCUCCCUUGAUGAAUGGAUACAUAUUGCCUUGCUUGUCUUCAUUA